AUGACUGGCCAAGGUCUGCCUCAGAUGGCGCUGCACCUGCUGGUUGUCCUCCUGGUCCAAGGUGUCACCGCUGGCAGUCCCCGAGAAGACUUCCGCUUCUGUGGCCAGCGGAACCAGACACAGUUGAGCAGCCUCCAGUACGAGCAGACGCCGGAGCUCCGUAUCUUCAUCACAAACACCGUGGGGGCUUUCACCGUGCACGCCCCCUUUCCGGCUGCCCCGGGGGCCUCCCGAGUCCUCCCUGACCGCCUGGGCCUCUACCACUUCUGUCUCUACUGGAGCCAACACACCGGGAAGCUGCACCUCCGUUACGGCAGGAACGACUUCUUGCUGAGUGACCAGGCCUCUCACCUCCUUUGCUUUCGGCACCAGAAGGAGAUCUUAGCCCAGGGCCCCUCCCUGCUCGCCACUUCCGUCACCUCCUGGUGGAACCCUCAAAACACCAGCCUGCCCAGUGCCACCAGCUAUAUCUUCUCCUUCCAUGAGCCCCCCCAUAAGGUCUCCCACAAUGCCUCAGUGGACAUGUGCGAGCUGAAGCGGGACCUCCAGCUGCUCAGCCAGUUUCUGAAGCACCCCCAGAAGAGCUCCAGGAGGCCCUCGGCCACCCCUGCUCGGCAGCAGCUGCAGAGUCUCGAGUCGAAGCUGACCUCCUUGAGAUUCACGGGGGACACGGUGUCCUUCAAGGAGGACCGGGUCAACGCCACCGUGUGGAAGCUCCAGCCCACGGCAGCCCUCCAGGACCUGCACCUCCAUUCCGGGCAGGAGGAGGAGCAGAGCGAGGUCCUAGAGUACUCGGUGCUGCUGCCCCGUGUCCUCUUCCAGAGGCCCAAAGGCCGGAAGGAGCAGGGCGAGAAGAGACUCCUUCUAGUGGAUUUCAGCAGCCAAGCUCUUUUCCAGGACAAGAAUUCUAGCCAAGUCUUGGGUGAGAAGGUUUUAGGUAUUGUUGUGCAGAAUACCAAAGCCAUCAACCUCUCUGAGCCUGUGGUUCUCACCUUCCAGCACCUGCCACAGCCGAAGAACGUGACUCUACAGUGUGUAUUCUGGGUUGAAGACCUGACAUUGAACAGCCCAGGGCGGUGGAGUGACGCUGGCUGUCAGACCCUCAGGACAGAGACCCAGACGUCCUGUCUCUGCAACCACCUGACCUACUUUGCGGUGUUGAUGGUCUCAACUAUCGAGGUGGACGCCGUCCACAAGCACUACCUGACCCUCCUGUCCUACGUGGGCUGCGUCAUCUCUGCCCUGGCCUGUGUCUUCACCAUCGCUGCCUACCUUUGUUCCAGGAGGAAGCCUCGGGACUAUACCAUCAAGGUGCACAUGAACUUGCUGCUGGCCGUCUUCCUGCUGGAUAUGAGCUUCCUGCUCAGCGAGCCGGUGGCCCUGACGGGCUCCGAGGCGGCCUGCCGAGCCGCGGCCGUGUUCCUGCACUUCUCGCUGCUCACCUGCCUCACCUGGAUGGGCCUCGAGGGCUACAACCUCUACCGGCUAGUCGUGGAGGUCUUCGGUACCUACGUGCCUGGCUACAUGCUCAAGCUGAGCCUGGUGGGCUGGGGGUUCCCGAUCUUCCUGGUGGCCGUGGUAGCACUGGUGGACGUGGACAACUAUGGCCCCAUCAUUCUGGCUGUGCACCGGACUCCAGAGCAGGUCAUCUACCCAUCCAUGUGCUGGAUCCGGGACUCCCUGGUCAGCCACAUCACCAACCUGGGCCUCUUCAGCCUGGUGUUCCUGUUCAACACGGCCAUGCUGGGCACCAUGGUGGUGCAGAUCCUGCGGCUGCGUCCUCAUGCCCAGAAGUGGCCCCACGUGCUGACGCUCCUGGGCCUCAGCCUGGUCCUCGGCCUGCCCUGGGCCCUGGUCUUCUUCUCCUUUGCCUCCGGCACCUUCCAGCUUGUCGUCCUCUACCUCUUCAGUAUCAUCACCUCCUUCCAAGGUCUCCUCAUCUUCCUCUGGUACUGGUCCAUGCGACUACAGGCCCGGGGCGGUGGCCCCUCCUCUCUGAAGAGCAGCUCAGACAGCGCCAGGCUCCCCAUCAGCUCGGGCAGCACCUCAUCUGGCCGCAUCUAG